AUGGAGGAAGAAAGCACUUCAGCGGAAUCCAACACUGCGAACGAACGCAUAAGGCUGAACGUGGGCGGAAAGCACUUCGAGACAACGCUUUCCACGCUUCGCUCCGGCGGCCCCGACUCGCUCCUCUACGCCCUCUCGAACCGGCCCUCGGCCGACCCCAACCCGGUUUUCAUCGACCGCGACCCGGAGGUCUUCUCGGUCCUCCUCUCGCUCCUCCGCACCGCUCACCUUCCCUCCACCGCCCGCCGAUUCUCCAGACAAGAGCUCGCCGACGAGGCCCUAUUCUACGGCAUCGACGCGCACCUCCGCGCCGCCACCGCUCCGCCGCCAUUUUUAGGCAUCGACGCCGCCCUCGCCACCUCAAUCCGCCCCGCCUCCGAGGGCCUCCCUUCCUCCUUCGCCGCCUCUGAUUCUGGCGCCGUCUGGAUCGCCCAUGGUGGCCAGAUCUCUGGCUACGACUCAUCCCUCAUCCACGCCGGCACCGUCCGCACACACCUCGACGAAAUUGACUCUAUCUGCCGCGUCUGGCCCGAGAUCGCCGCGGUCGGGUCCAAGUCGGACGCCGGCCUCCACUUCUACAACUUCUCCGGUAGCCGGCACAUCGGCUCGGUCCAGUGGACCGAUCCUCUCGAUCCCCGAAUCUUCAAGGCGCGCGUGAGCGCGAUAACCGCUUCGGAGAAUUCCGUUUUCGCUUCGUUCGAUUGUCCUCACAGAGAGAAUUGUAUCCUCGAAGUGGAUAAGUCGAACCUUCGGAUUGUGAAUGAGUUUGCUAGGCAAUCGGGGAACCAGGCGAAGAACAUGGUUCCCGCGAAGUUGACGUGGAUUCCGGCAACCGGAGUUCUCGUCGGAAGCGCGGUCGCCGGUGGUGCUUUUGGUUUCUCCGGUUAUGUUCGAUUGUGGGACCCAAGGUUCGGGGAGGUUGUUUGGGAGACAAACGAGCCCGGUGGUUCGGGACGGAGCAGCAGGUUCGGCGAUUCGUUUACUGACGUGGAAGCUGACGUGGAAGGGUUGUUGCUGUUCAAGUUGUGUUCUAAGUCGGGGGAUUUGGCUAUGGCGGAUAUGCGGUUUUUGAAGGAUGAUCCUUGGAUUUAUCUGAAAGAGAAGAACCCUAGUCUGGUGAGUUGCGGUGAAGUGAGUAAUAGUGUGGUGCAUUGUUACAGGGGCCAAGUGUUUGUGGCUAGAGAUGGCGAGUUGGAGGUUUGGUCAAGGGUGGAAGAAAGGGCAAGUGUUGGUGUAAAAAGUGAGAAUGAGUGUGAUGCAGAGGGGUUUUAUAGGAGGAAUUUUGUGGAUAAAAGAGAGGACUCAGAGAGAGGGAUUAUAAAGAAGAUUGAAGGUGGUGGGGAUAGAUUGUUUGUUAGUAGAGAAGAUGUUGAGGGAAUUGAAGUGUGGGAGAGUUCUCCUUCUGCUGUAGCCAUUUCUGUUUUGUGA